GUUUUGAAAAGUAUGUCAAAUUUAAAGUAAAUUAUAAAAAAUAUACAUUAAUAUAUUAAAUACAUGAAAGUAGCUUUAUGGCCGCGAGCACUUGUGUCCUUUUGGCUAUGCUCCUGUGGAUCCUUUUUGCCGCGGUCCAGUCGGCGGAAUGGGAGGACAUCCACUACGAUCCGAACCAUCCUGGUAAGUGCACCAUCAACCCGGGACUCGUCCUCAAUCCGGGGGUUAGCAUCAAGGAUCCCACGCACGAGUGCCGCAAAAUCUUGUGCGGCCUCAACGGACGUGUCGUUUACCACAGCUGCGGAGUGAGCAUCCUGUCGCCUCCUUGCCGGUACGGUGACUACAUCAAUCCGGAUCUUCCGUAUCCUGACUGCUGCAGCAGGACUCUACUUUGCAACUAGGCAGGCCGAUCGUUCGUUUUCAAUUUCUAUCGAAAUCUGAGCAAAAUGUCGUUUGUUCCAGAGAGCUUUAUUAUUUAUGGCUUUUUAUGGAGCUUGGUGGUUUUCCCAGCUUUCGCUUAUAUUUCCUUCAACAACUAC